GAACCGAAGUUCUGGACCUAUCGGCCUACCAACUCUCCGAAUUCGGCCAUCGUGAAGUUUCCACGUUGCAACAAUGGGAUCCGAACCCAGAGAGUCGCUACAACGCUUCCGUCAGUACCACGGACUCCAUACCGGAAUACUGACUCGGUUCCCCGGGCAGGAUCCGAACCUGCAUCUAUACUUGUCAGCCUCAACCCGGCCGAAUCCGUGAUUCGAACCUGGGUCUGCCAUGUGACAGCGGCAUGCUCUACCAAUUGAGCUACCGGGGAACCUGCCUCGAGACUCUCAAGCGCGGGCAGAUGCCGAAGACCUGCGUGGUGAACAGCCUCUCCCUGCAGGAGCUGCCACCGGUCCUGCGAGACCUGCGUGACGGCGAGUGGCGGCUGCUCUCGCUCGCGUUCGCCUGUGUGCAGCUGCUGGUGCUCCCGACGGGGGCACAAACCGGCGCCCGGGGCAUUGCCGUCACUGUACGUGCGGAGACAGCACAGAUGGUGCAGCAGCUGCCGCGUAACGUGGACGACGCCGGCAUUGUCAUCAUGCGGACUGGUGCCGCGCUGCCCAACGGCCGCCAGCCCAACGUGCAGGAGACUGCGCAGGGCGGUAGUGGGCGGCCCCCAAAUGCACCAGAACGCCGACCGCCAGUCACCUUCCGAUGCCGCAUAGCCUUUGUGAUGGCGGCGCUUCGCUGGCUCAAGCUGAACAACCCCCUGUACGCCGCCGUCGAGGACCGGCUACCCGGGGCUGUGGGCGGCGGUAACGAUCGAGGUGAUGGCGGUGGCGCCUACGGCGCACCUGACGAGGUCGACCUGCCCAUGGUGGACGUCGAGGUGCCUGGCGUCGCUGCUGAAGCCGCGGGCGGUGCAGGCGGGGGCGACGGCGCUGCUGCGGCAGCACGUGAGGGCGGCGGCGGCGGCGAGCCUGCCGAUACGGCCAUGCCUGACGCGGCGCCUGCCGCCGGCGCUGCUGCCGAGGCCGCGGGCGGUGCAGGCGGGGGCGACGGCGGUGCAGGCGGUGACGCAGGCGCUGCUGCGGCAGCACGUGAGGGCGGCGGCGGCGGCGAGCCUGCCGAUACGGCCAUGCCUGACGCGGCGCCUGCCGCCGGCGCUGCUGCCGAGGCCGCGGGCGGUGCAGGCGGGGGCGACGGCGGUGCAGGCGGUGACGCAGGCGCUGCUGCGGCAGCACGUGAGGGCGGCGGCGGCGGCGAGCCUGCCGAUACGGCCAUGCCUGACGCGGCGCCUGCCGCCGGUGCUGCUGCCGAAGCCGCGGGCGGUGCAGGCGGGGGCGACGGCGGUGCAGGCGGUGACGCAGGCGCUGCUGCGGCAGCACGUGAGGGCAGCGGCGGGGGCGAGCCUGCCGAUACGGCCAUGCCUGACGCGGCGCCUGCCGCCGGUGCUGCUGCCGAAGCCGCGGGCGGUGCAGGCGGGGGCGACGGCGGUGCAGGCGGUGACGCAGGCGCUGCUGCGGCAGCACGUGAGGGCGGCGGCGGGGGCGAGCCUGCCGAUACGGCCAUGCCUGACGCGGCGCCUGCCGCCGGUGCUGCUGCCGAAGCCGCGGGCGGUGCAGGCGGGGGCGACGGCGGUGCAGGCGGUGACGCAGGCGCUGCUGCGGCAGCACGUGAGGGCGGCGGCGGCGGCGAGCCUGCCGAUACGGCCAUGCCUGACGCGGCGCCUGCCGCCGGCGCUGCUGCCGAAGCCGCGGGCGGUGCAGGCGGGGGCGACGGCGGUGCAGGCGGUGACGCAGGCGCUGCUGCGGCAGCACGUGAGGGCGGCGGCGGCGGCGAGCCUGCCGAUACGGCCAUGCCUGACGCGGCGCCUGCCGCCGGCGCUGCUGCCGAGGCCGCGGGCGGUGCAGGCGGGGGCGACGGCGGUGCAGGCGGUGACGCAGGCGCUGCUGCGGCAGCACGUGAGGGCGGCGGCGGCGGCGAGCCUGCCGAUACGGCCAUGCCUGACGCGGCGCCUGCCGCCGGUGCUGCUGCCGAAGCCGCGGGCGGUGCAGGCGGGGGCGACGGCGGUGCAGGCGGUGACGCAGGCGCUGCUGCGGCAGCACGUGAGGGCGGCGGCGGCGGCGAGCCUGCCGAUACGGCCAUGCCUGACGCGGCGCCUGCCGCCGGUGCUGCUGCCGAAGCCGCGGGCGGUGCAGGCGGGGGCGGCGGCGGUGCGGGCGGUGACGCAGGCGCUGCUGCGGCAGCACGUGAGGGCGGCGGCGGGGGCGAGCCUGCCGAUACGGCCAUGCCUGACGCGGCGCCUGCCGCCGCUGACACUCCUGCGGUCGCCACUGAGGCAGCUGCUGGGCGCGAGCCCGAUGCAUCUGAGGGCCACGCAGGCGGGCGCGUCAGCGGCGGCAGUGGCGGAGCGGGCAGUGACGCUGCGGCUGCUGGGUCCUAUGACGCAGCCGCUGCUUAUAUGCGCGAAGUCGGCGGCGCUCCUACAGCCGUCGGCGCAGGCGGUUGGCGCAGGCAGUUGUUGAAGGCGGUUGCGGAGCGUGCUCUUGCCGACGCUGAGGCGGCUGGUCGUGGGCCCAACGCCAUAGUGUUUGUGAGCCACCCAACGCUUGGAGAAUUUGCGGUACGGCGCCUCAGCCCGCACCGUGGAGACCAUGACGAGGACGAUCAGCGUCCGGAAUCAGGCAGCACUGCUGCAGUUGAUGGUGUGGGUGGAAACGGUGAACCUGGCGGUGCAGACGUGGAGCCUGGCGGCGGCAGUGGCAAGCCUGCCGACACGGACCUGACGGACGCUCUACCUGUUGCUGGUGCUGCUACAGCCGCAGUAGCUGCUGCGGCUGCUGCAGCUGAGGGCAAUGCAGGCGAGAGUGGCGGCGGCAGCCGGACGGGUGGUGACCCAGAUGCAGCGGGGGCAGGCAGCGGCGAUGGUGGGCUUGCUGGCACGGCUGCAGCGCCUCUGGCACCGGCGAUCCCCAGGGACGCCGCCGACCAGCUGCCUGAGCUCCGAGAUGACAGCGAUGGCAGUGAUGCUGACGAGCCGGUUGCUGAUGGCCGGGCCGCAGACCGCGCUCUGCCGCACGAGCUGCGGCACUUUGGGCAGCGGUUUGGCUGCGGCCCUGGCUGUGCUCACACGCACCACAGUGCAGGUAUCCCACCACCUGGACAGCAGCCCGGUGGCGUCCCUCCUGCAGCGCUGGGUCUGGAUCCGGCAACCGCCCUGCGGCUCGACCAGCUCAUCACCGCCGCUGGCGCGCAUGUCGCAGUGGCAGCGAUCGCUGGCGCUGUUGUGGGCGCUGCGCGCCAGGUAGCAGAGGGCCAAGCCGGUGAUGGCAACACACGCUGCGGCCGCGGUCUAGCCAGCGGCGGCCAUGCAGGCAUGCCGCCAGCAGGUGCGGACGCCGGCGCCAGGACUGGGGCACACGGCGGCAGUGGCAGAGAUGCCAACGCCACCACCACCGCCGCCACUGCCGCCGCUGCCGGAGGCGCUCACCCGGCUGCGGCAGUGGCGGCGGCCGCUGCUGAGCCCCCCCUCCCGCCGGUGGACGUGGUGAUGGCAGAAGCCAACCCGGUGCUGCCGCGGGACGCACUCCACACCGCAACAACACAGGCAGGGCGAGCCGCUCGGGCGCGUGAGGAGCGGACCAUGGCCACCACCAUCACCACCCGCACAGGCGGAGUGCUCAGCAUUCACGCUCACCCUGACCUGGAGGCGCUGGCAUUCCCCAUGCUCUACCCGUACGGCACCAACCACUUCGGCACCAACCGAGAGCAGCCCAUCGGCAUUGCAGCCUACUUCACCAACCGCGUGCAGAAUGCCGACCGCCGCUUCCAGCUGCCGGUGUACCUGGCGUGGGCGGUCAGCCUGUCUGUCUACCUGCAGCUGCGCAACCAGAUCAGCGUCAGCCUGCGCAUCCAGCAGAACGGCCGUGCCCCCAGGCUCAACACGCUCCGCCGCCAGGUUGCCGCCCUCCAGCGACAGCAGCGCCGCCAAGACGCAGCUGUACCGGACCCUGCCGCCGCUGGUGAGGCAUCCCCGCCCAGGCCCGCCACAGCCCUGCUGGCCGGCGGCCGGCCCGGGCGGUGGAACCUGUACCGCGGCGGCGGUGUUGCACCAACGCCAGGGGCAGCGGCGGGCCGGGAGCAGCACGCGGAGGAUGGGGGCCAGGACGCCGACGCUGCCGACCUUGGCGACAUCGAGACAACCGCCCGCGCCGUCCUCAGCAACAUCCGCGGUACCCCGGCCUACUGGGCUGACGCCGCCGCCGACCUGUUCGCCAUGCUGCGCUCCAUCGGCCCGCCCACGUGGUUCUUGACGCUGUCCGCCAACGAGCUCGGCUGGGACGACCUCGUGCUCGCGCUCAUCUCCGAGCCUGAGGAGCGGGCACGCCGUGCCAAGGAAGCACUGGGCGCCGUUGCGUUCGAUGCAGCGACGCCACGCGAGCGCGGCGACAGUGUGCGCGCAGCACUCGGCGCUGCAGCGUACAUAGCCGCGUCCCCAGCAGAGCGCGAGACUGCAGCGCGGCGGGCGCUCGGCACAGCGGCGUACACGAGCGCAACGCCGGGGCAGCGCCAGGCUAGCGCGCAGCAGGCGCUGGGUGAGGAAGCUUUCCAACGACUCACCCACAAUCAGCGGGAGCCCAGCGCCCGUGAGGCGAUGGGGGAGGCUGCGUACAGACGCGCGACGGAGGAGCAGCGGCGCGAUGCUCUGCUAGACAGCGUCACCCGCAGCGCCAUGUUCCAGCUCAUCCGCGACAACCAGGUCACCGUGGCGCGGCACUUCAACCAUCGCUUUGAGACCCUGCUCAAGGCCAUCAUUGAGUGCCCUGACUACCUGGGCGAGGUCCAAGACUACUUCUGGCGCGUGGAGUUCCAGCGGCGCGGCUCGCCCCAUAUCCACAUGCUGCUGUGGGUGCGCGACGCGCCAAACAUGGACACCGCCGACGGUAUGGCUUCUGCCCCCGCCUUCAUCGACCGCUACGCGUCUGCCAAGCUGCCCGACCGGGAGGCGGACCCUGUGCUGCACGACCUGGUGAAACGCUACCAGAUUCACGGCCACACCUUCACCUGCGGCGGCUUGGACGGCCCCUGCCGCUUCCUGUACGCCAAGGACGCUUGCGAGGCCACGCGGCUCAGGCAGGACGGCGACCGCAAGCUGCGCCGUGGCGACUCGUAUGUCAUCGCCCGAGGCCCGGGUGACGGCAAUGUUGUGCCCUACUCGCCAGCGCUGCUGCGGCUGUGGGGCGCCAACAUGGACCUGCAGCUGAUUGGCAACGCCGCCGGCGCCGCUGCCUACGUCACCGCCUAUAUGACGAAGGCGGAGACCGACGGUACGCGGAAGACGGUGCAGGAGGCGGUGGGCGGCAUGCCCGAGGACGCGCCUGCAGCUGCCGUGCUCCGCCGCGCCUGCACUGCGCUGCUAAGCAAGCGCGAGUACUCGAUGCAGGAGGCUGCGUGGCUUCUGAUCGGCUCAACCCUCAAGCUCCGCGGCAGCAGCCGUGCCACCGUCAAGUUGUGCUGCCGGCCCAAGCAGGAGCGCCCUGGCAUUGCUGCCCGCAACGCGUUCGCAGCCAACACCGACGGCGAGCGUGAUGUCUUGCUGGCCACCAACCACUACGACUACUACGCGGCGCGGCCUCUGGGCUUGACCGGUGCCCUCGGAGCACCGCGGCACCGUUGCAGGCCAGCGGCUACAGCUGACGACGAGGAGCCGGACACUGCCUGCGAGGUGUGCAGCAGCACCGACGCGGACGAAGGCGCCAACUUCAUGCUGUUGUGCGACACCGCCAACUGUCCCUACGGCUACCACGGCCGCUGCCUGGAGGCGCCGCUGCUGGAGGCGCCGCAAGGCGACUGGUUCUGCCCGCACUGCCGCCAGCGCGCUGCCGCGGCUGUGGACGCAGAGGCUGCUGCCCGUGCGAGGGCUGCAGCGGUCGCCGCGGCGGCAGCUGCAGCGGGUCAGUGCACGGUUGCGGAACCUGCUCUUGAGCAGGAUGGGGCGGGGCUGGGGGGCGCCCAGGGCGAGGCGGCUGCCCAUGCGGCCACGGCCGCUACCGGUGACGGUGAUGGCGCCGCAGGCGGAGGCACUGGCGGCAUGGCCGCGACUGGGACAACCGCGCCUGCCACUGAGGCCGCUCGGACAGCCAGCAUUGAGGCACUGCUCGCGCGCAACGCCCGCCAGGGCCGACAGCAGGCGGGGCCAGAGGUGGUCGCAGGCAGCGCGCUGCCCGCCAGCUGGGAGGACGUCAGCCUCUUCAUGUUUCUGUCCGAGUUCAGCGUCAGCCGCGUGCAGUCCAGGGACGCCGUGUCUCUCAGCGCCCCGUUCGACGGCAGCAGCCCCACACAUACACGGCUAUACAUCAAGCGCCGCCCCAACAAGCCCUCGGUGCUGCGCUGCCACCCUCGCACCACUGCGGACAGCCAUGGCGACAAGCACUUCUGGGCACAGCUGUUCCUGCACAAGCCGUGGCGGAGCGAGGCGGCACUGACAGCAGGGUUCGGCAGUGCGCUGGACGCCUUCCGUGUUGCCAUGCGCAACCCCGCGUUCGUGUCUGCGGUGCGCCCAGGCCCUGCCGCGGACGCAUUGGAGGCGGAGGUGGAGCGGCUGCGCGCGCUGGACGAGGAGGCUGGCGGGCUGGUGCUGGACCAGGUUCACGCAGACCCAGAUGCGGGCGCUGCUGAAGCGCAGGACGACACGACGGGGCUGUACGACCCGGAGCUGCUACCGGCACACGUGCGUGCCGCUGUAGACCAGGAGGCUGAUGCUGGCGGCGGCGGGGCCGGUGGCGGCGGCGGCAAUGAUGGCGGUGGGGGCGAGGGCGAGGGCGAGGGCAACGAGAUGGAGGGCGACGGCGGCGGCGACGCCGCCGGCGCGGCAGCCGCAGCGGCUGGGCGGGACGUGCCGGUGCUGACGGCGGGGGCGCGCAUGACGCGCGAGGAGUACGACGCUGGCCGGCGGGCACUGAGCCCCGAGCAGCGCGCUGUGUUCACCGCUGUCUUUCAGCAUGUGCACGCAACUGCGGAGGUUGCGCGCACCGGGCAGGACGCGCCUCGCCAGCUGCUGGAGUUCGUGACCGGUGGUGGUGGCACCGGCAAGUCCUUCCUCAUCAAGCUGGUCACGGAGAUGCUACGCCGCACACACCCGGAUGGCGAGCCGGUCGUCCUGACCGCGCCAACUGGCGUGGCGGCCUUCAACAUCCGCGGCUCCACCAUUCACCGCGCGCUGGGCCUGCCUGUGGAGAACUGCCGCGAGUCUGGAGCCCGGCGCGUGCACUGGGAGCCGCUGUCCGCCAACCGGCUCCAGGAGCUGCGUCAGAUCUGGGCAUGCGUGCGGUACCUGAUCGUGGACGAGAUCUCCAUGGUCUCGGCUGCGACGCUGUGGCACAUCCACCGCCGCCUCGUGGACACGCCCGAGCACUGGCCAUUCGGCGGCAUCAACCUCAUCGUGCUGGGCGACUUCUACCAGCUGCCGCCGGUGAAGGCUACCUUUGUCUUCGAUGGGGAGGGGCGCGGCACCUGCGCUGAUGCACGUGACGGCGCCGCCAUGUUCCGCGAGUUGUUUCACAUGUUUGAGCUCACGCAGAACCAGCGGCAGGCGGGCGACCCGCUGUGGGCUGCUGUGCUCAACGUGCUACGGCUUGGCGUGCGCACAGGCAGCCGGCAGGACUUGAGGGCUUGGGAGCUCGCGUGCGCCAUCGUCAAGGAGCGGAUGCUCGCGUCCGUGUCCAGCAACGGCAAGGCGCUGGAUGCCGACUUCCAGAACGCCCCGCGUCUUCUCUCGCUCACGCUGGAGGUGGACGAAUACAACGCCGCGCGCCUGCAGGAGCUUACCAGCACCCCCGGUGUCGUCUGCCACGUCAUUGCAGCCCAGGACCAGCUCGUGCCGGAGCCGGGGCAGCCGGCUGGCGAAAUUCAAGCCGGCGACGUGCCCACGUCGGCCGACAUGUGCGGGGGGUUGGGCGCCUGCGUACGGCUUGCUGUCGGCGCACGCGUGAUGCUGCGCCGCAACGUGCACACGCUUGACGGGCUGGUCAACGGAGCGCAGGGCACCGUCACGGGCGUUGAGUUCAGCCGCGGCGCUGUGUCGGCGGUGCUGGUGCAGUUUGACGACCCUGACGUUGGGCGCUUGGAGCGUGCGCGCGCGGCGGCGGCGCGAGGUCAGCCAGAGCCGGCGAGCGCCCCAGUCGCUAUCGCCAGGGCCACCAGUCGCUUCUACAACACCCGCCGCACCCGCGAGCUAUCCCGGCAGCAGUUCCCGCUGGCGCUCUGCUGGGCGUUGACCAUCCACAAGACGCAGGGCCUGUCGCUGCACAAGGCCGUCAUCAACCUAGGCAGGUCCGUCUUUGACGCCGGCCAGGCCUACGUGGCGCUCAGCCGCGUGCGAUCGCUGGCAGGCGUCGCGCUGUCCCAGUAUGUCAGCACCAGCCUGGAGAAGGUCAGCCCCCAGGUCAGCGCCGAGUAUGAGCGUCUGCGCGCCAAGUCCGCCCGCUUCCGGCAGGAACAAGCAGUGGCUGACGCAGAUGCGGAAGCUGCUGUCGCGCCCAUCGCCGCUGCCAUCACCGCGGCCGACGAGGCCCGUGUUGCUGACGCGGCGGUCCCAGCAGACAGCGACAUUGCAGACGGGGCGGCGGCAGGCGGCGGCGGUCAGGACCUGGCAACGGCGACGGUGCCUGCUGCGGCUGCGGUCGCGGUCGUGGCUGCUUUGGGUGAUGCUGCGGCCACAACAGCCGAUCGCAGCGCCACCGGCAUCCUGCUCGCAAUCUACCAGGCGCGUCCAUCUGCAGCACGACUGCCGCCUGGGGCUGAAGAAGCUGCGUGGGACAGGGCCAGCGCGCGCUGGAACACGGUGCAGGCUGCAGCACAGGCUGGGGCCGCCGAUGUGGGGGAGAUGCCUGCGCCCACAGGAGCGGGCAGGGGGGAAGGAGGGGCAGCACACGGAGGGCACACUGGCCAGCGUGGGCGAGGCCGCGGCCGCCGGGGCGGGCUUGUGCCGCAAGUCGCCGGCCACAGGCGGCCACGCGAUGGCGAUGAGGGCGGCGUGGAAGACCAGCGGCCCGCUCGGCGCGUGCGCGCAGCCGACGCCGCUGCCACUCCUGCCGCGAGAGUUGCGGCUGCACCCGGUGCCAGCGGCAGUGGUGGCGGAGCUGGCGCCAACGUGGCGGCGCAGCUUCUACAGCAGCAGCAGCGGGCGGGCGGAGGCAGGGCUGGCCGGGGGCAGCAGGGGCGCGGGGCCGCUGACGGCGUCGGUCGAACGCUUGCAGAUGGCACGCUGGCCUCUCACAGUGACUACAAUGCCGCAGCAGUUGCGUGGGGUGACCUGACCUACGACUUCACGAGCUGGGCUGCGCUUCUUGGGUGCGUGCGUGCCUUGCCCGGCUGCACGCACUCUUGGCUGUACAUGCCGCUUAUCGUGGACGCGCUGCUGCCGGAGGGCAGGGCGAGGGCGGCCUUUCCCUUCCGCCGACCCAACGGCUGGAGACAGCUUGUGGGCCUGCUCAAGGCCGGGGCUGCGGAUGCCGGCAUCAUCGCAGCGCAGCUGCUGCUCGACCUGGACUGGCACAUCAGCGCGGAGGCUCAGGAGCAGGUGCUUGAACGCUGCCUGGGCCUCAUCGUGUCCGGCAUCUGCACAAAAAUGGCAACCGACUAUGCGCUUGGACAGGCGGUCACCAUUACCACACUGAUCCGAGACGCGGAAGCGCGUCAGCUGGAGGCGGUGCAGCAGCAGCAACAGCAGCAGCAGCAGCAGCAGCAGCAGUAGCAGUAGCAGGAGGAGGAGGAGGAGGAGGAGGAGGAGGAGGAGGAGGAGGAGGAGGAGGAGGAGGAGGAGGAGGCUGGAGGCGCAGCUGGAGGUGGCGGCGUGUAGGCCGGAGUAGUGGCGCUUGUAAUGGAUAUGGGCG